GCCUGGUAGACCAUAGUCCCGGAGAUUUUGUGAAAUGUGUGUCAUACCGGAAUAAUGUUGAAGUUAGGUAAAACAAUAUAGAAUUAUGGCGAAAUAUAGAACUGGAGAAACUAUGAUGCUUUAAGAUGGGUGAGACAAAUGUCAUGUCUAGCCAUGAGAAUGCCUUUUCGUCACUUCUACGGUCGCCACGAGACUUGUCAAACAAGGACAAAGAGUACUCAACAGUGUUUUGGCCUAAGCUGGAAGGGGCCAUACUUUUGAUCCUGAAGCAAAACCCUGGCGAGUUUAUCCCCAUUUCUUAUGAGGAGAUGUACAGUACUGUUUACAAGUGCGUUUGCUGGCAGUAUUCUGAAAGAAUGCACUCUAGCUUGAUAGAACUGGUCUCCUCGUAUCUUAGACAGAUCACACACGAAUUACAGAACUCCCCUAGACAAGAUUAUCUGGAAAAGUUCCACUUUGCCAUGGCGCAGUACUUCCAGGCAGUGGCCGGAAUAGUUGCUAUAUUUAAUUACAUGAAUCGAUUUUAUGUGGUCCCAAAGCUGCAUAGUGAUCUUUCAGUCCAACUAAAGACAUUAUUUAUGGAGUAUGUGGCAGAUAACCCAUUACUAUUUAAUCUUAUAGCUGAGUUGUCUGUGCAGCCAUUUGCUGUGAAUCCCCAGACGAUGAUGUCAAUUAUAAAGGGGCUGUAUUCACUGAAUCCUGGCUUUGCUGAGAGGAACCCAGCUCUAUUUGCCAAGUACAUCCCAAACCUCUUGCCACCAUCGACACCACAGGACCUCCCCUCACUCAUAGAGCAAACACAGCAGAUGCAGAAGGACCUUGUAGAUAACCCUGAUUUUACCAGGGAAGGCACAGGGAGGAAACGAAGGGGAGAUGAGCCUCAAGGUUCUUGGUGAAUUGCAAGAUAAUUUUAUUAGAUAUGAACAAAUCUGUUGAAAAGAUAUGUUCUAAAAUCAGGAGAAUAGAAUAAGUAUUCUCUAAAUUAGCUCAUAAGGAACAGCUGUACUUUUCAUAUGGCAAGGGGUCCAACAUAUACUUUGGGUUAGAAUUUCUUCUUGUCAGUAUUUCUUUAGGAUUAAAAACAAAGCCAGGGUUUUCUUGGGUGUAGAAGCUUUUACUUUUUUAUUUCUUUUUUUCGGGGGUAGGGAAGGGGGGGAGUGGUUGAGCAUUUUACCCUUGAUUACCAAAAAACAUUUCAGUAAAUGAAUAGCAGGAGGAUAAUGCAUCAGGAUUUUAUCUGCACCGAAAUCAUGAUGCUGGGUUUAAAUUCAGAGUCACGAGUUAUUUUUGGGGAAUGUAAGUUUCUAUAAUUGGUAUUAUUUUGUGUACUUUGAACUGAUUUUUUUUAAUGUUUGACCCCCUAUUGUGUUUAUAGCUGUGCCCCUCCCCUCCCCCCUGAGGCAAGUGUCUCAAUUACCAUCCAGGCUGUCAUAAAUUCAGCUUUUAGGGAUUUACAGUACUCUCAAUUAUAGAUAUUUAAAGAAUUUUCCCAUCAGA